AUGCACUUCACCAAGACCCUUGCCUCCGUGGCCGCUUUCUCCAUGACUGCUUACGCAGCUCUCCCCGUUGCCAGCAUUGAGUUCCAGUCCUGGGAGCAGUGUGACAUCGGCGCUCCUGCCACUGGCACCCCCAAGUUCACUGCGGAUAUCACCGCCACUCCUGUCACUUGCGACAAGACUCCAGUCAACCGUGAAUGGAGCAUCAACAACUACGCCUUCAAGGCUCACCUUGACACCAAGGAUGCCCACCUCUGCCACGGCCUCAUUGUCUGGAACAACGACGGCUGCUCAGGCAAGCCCAAGCACUUCGUUCCCUUCGGUGGCUUCGGCGAGGCCAUUGAGGGCACAUGUCUCCCCGAUGACCUGGACACUGGUUACGUUUCCUUCAAGCUUGCUUGUGAGGGCUUCCCUUCUGAUUUCUACAUUUGA